AUGCGACCCUUUAUCCGACGAUACUUCCCCUAUCUCCUUGGUCUAUGCUCCGCCGGCGGAUACUAUGGGUCGGGUUCUCGAAAACAAGCACAUCCCUUGAGCUCCCUCCCCCGAGGCGAGCAACCCGACUUCUCGAACCGCGAUCUUCACUAUUCUACCGCACUCACAACAUCGCGAAACGCACCCGAUAAUGAUAGCGAUGAGCAAACAUUGUUUCCGAAAAUUGACGCGCUAAAGGGGGUGGAUGGCAUCAUGCGGACAGUGGAGUUUGAUGUAGAGGACAUGUCUACUGAGAUGCGUUAA